AUGAUCAGAUGUGUUCAACUAGUCAUCAUCUUAGCAUUACAAGACACAAUUUCAUCAGAUUUACGUGGAAGAGCGAGAUCAGCUUUGUUGUUAGAGCGCUCAGAGUCAAUUGUUAAUCAAGAGUGUCAAGUUGAGACUGACACAACUCCAUGCCCCCCAAGUAAGUUCCGUUCACCGACAGGUGAAUGUAACAAUGUGAAUUAUCGUGAUUAUGGUGCACGCGGUGAUAUUUUCGUGCGAAUGUUGUCACCUGAUUACGCUGAUAAAAGAAGCGCUCCAAGAACGUCAAUUGACAAUCAUGCACUUCCAUCACCCGAUUACAUCAUUGAACAUCUGCAAAAAUCAAUCAACAAAGACGCACAACAUCCUCACAUCACAUCUAUGCUCCCAGCAUGGGGUAAACUGUUGGCCUAUGAUCUCUUCCAAGUUAUUUCGCCACGAUCGCAAUACAAAUGUUGCGAUAAUAACUCAAGAAUAUCUGAAGAUUUAGUACAAUGUUUUGUGCAAUCAGGCAAAGAAUGUAAAGAGUACAUGAGAUCAGUACCGUCACGAGAGUUCCGAGACUGUCUUUUUAAAUAUCGUGAACAGAUGAACGCUGCUUCUGGAUUCAUUGACGGUUCCGGUCUUUAUGGUGCAACGGAGAAAGAAUUUCUUGCACUAAGAACAUUUUCAAAUGGAAAAGUUGACAUCAAAGCAUGUGCUCGAUGUAAUGAAGCUGGUGCGAUUGGCGCACUUCAUGUCAUUCUCCUUAAAGAACAUAAUAGAAUUGCUGAGAAACUUUCAAAGCUCAACAAAGGUUGGAGUGACACGGUCAUUUUCUUAGAAGCACGUCGUGCAGUUAUCGCUCAAAUUCAACACAUUACUUUCAAUGAAUUCUUACCGAUUGUUCUUGGACAACAAGUUAUAACAAAAGAAGAAUUGAGACUUCUUUCGGGACGUCAUUAUUCUGGUUAUUCGAGUGUUAACCGUGCUGGUGUGUUUAAUGAAGCUGCUGUGAGUGCUUUUCCAGCUUUCUACAGCAUGUUACCAGCUGACAUGAUGAGCGAUACAGCAUCUGCUGAAAUAUUAAUCAGCACACCAGCUUUGCAACAAAAUUUCAUUCCAUUCCAUCAAACUUUCGAUGAUGAGUGGACGCCUUUGGCAUUAGCAAUUCAAAGAGGUCGUGAUCAUGGAAUUCCAGCAUAUCACAAAGCAUUAAACUUGUGUGAAGCACGAUUUGGAUUGUCAAAAGAUUCCAAUUUGACCUAUGAAGAUGUUGAGUCGAUUGGUGUUGCUUCAGAUCGUCGGAAAGUUCUUGAAAAUAUUUACAAAAAUCCCGCUGACAUUGAUUUGAUUAUUGGCGGACUUUCUGAGAAGCCAUCAUUGGGAACAGUUUUUGGACCAACACUGACAUGCUUGCUUGCAAUUCAAUUUUCAAACUUAAGAAAAAGUGAUCGCUUCUGGUAUGAAAAUGAUUUACCGCCAUCAUCAUUAAAUCUCGAUCAAUUACAAGCUGUCAGACGUGUGUCAUUAGCGGGUCUUUUAUGUGCUGCAAAUGGAGUUACAAAGUCACAGCCAAAAGCUUUCAUUCGUGAAGAUCCUUAUUUAAAUGCACGCCUUACAUGUGAUCACUUAUCGGGACUAGAUUUGAAUCCAUGGAAGUCUGUAGAGAUUGAAGUUGUUGAAGACAGUUUAGAAGAUUCUGUAACAUCAGAAACACAAGUCCCAGAAUUAGAAGAAUUAAGUUCAGAGACAGUUCAAGAAGCGUUGAAACGAGCCAAAGAUGAAUUGAUUGCAAGAAAGAAGAUGGAAUAUGAAUCGUGGAUGACAUCAGGUGGAAUUGAUGCACGAUCACCAGACGGAACUGCUGCAUCAUUCAGCAAAGCAAACAGAAAUGCUUUGAUCAUUGCAAAUUCUUCACAUUUUUACGAACUUGCAACAAAUGAAUUGCUGAUGACACUUCACAGCAUUCGACGAAGAAAGCGUCAAGUUUUCGACAAUAAUCUGAACAAUCAAUUCAACAAUGCUGAUGAUUUCGUGAAUAGUCUUCAAAAUAUUGACAUCAAUUCAUUUAUGAGUGGAACAAUCUCGUCAAUCACUUUAGAGCCGCAAUGUGAAGACUUGACAGCAGCUUGCGAUACAACGACACCUUUCAGAACGUUCACUGGUUAUUGUAACAACUUAAAGAAUCCAUCACUCGGUCAGUCACUCACAGUUUUUGCUCGACUUCUUCCAUCAGUUUAUGAAGAUGGUGUGAAGAGACCACGUGCAACUGCUUCGAAUGGUUCACCUUUACCCAAUCCUAGAGUUGUGUCAACUCUCAUCCAUCCAGACAUUUCCAAUCUUCAUACGCGUUAUUCACUCAUGACAAUGCAAUUCGCACAAUUUCUUGAUCACGAUUUAACAAUGACACCGAUUCACAAAGGUUUCCAUGAAUCAAUUCCCAGUUGUCGUUCAUGUGACUCACCAAGAACAGUUCAUCAAGAAUGUCUUCCAUUCCCAAUUCCACCACGCGAUCAUUUCUAUCCCGAAGUUAAUGUGACAAGUGGCGAACGUUUAUGUUUCCCAUUCAUGAGAUCGCUUCCAGGACAACAAACAAUUGGACCACGAGAACAAAUCAAUCAAAAUACCGCGUUCUUAGAUGCUUCACAAGUUUAUGGUGAAAACAAUUGUAUAUGUCAGAAGUUGCGUGGAUUUUCUGGUCGAAUGAAUUCAACAAUUCAUCCAGUUAAAGGCAAAGAACUUUUGCCACAAUCACCGACACAUCCCGAAUGUAAAGCACCAUCUGGUCAAUGUUUCAUUGCUGGAGAUGGUCGAGCAUCUGAACAACCAGGUUUGACUGCAAUUCAUACGACAUUCCUACGUGAGCAUAAUCGACUUGUUGAGGGACUUCGUGGUGUUAAUCCACAUUGGACUGGUGAACAAUUGUUCCAUCAUGCACGUCGCAUUAUUUCAGCACAAAAUCAACACAUCACUUAUAACGAAUUCUUGCCCAGAAUUUUAAGUUGGAAUGCUGUGAAUUUAUAUGGAUUGAAGUUAUUGCCACAAGGUUAUUAUAAAGAUUAUAAUCCCGGAUGUAAUCCAGCAAUUGUCACUGAAUUUGCUUCAGCUGCUUUCCGUAUUGGUCAUUCACUUCUACGACCACACAUUCCACGAUUGGGAACAAACCACCAACCAAUUGAUCCACCAAUUCUUCUUCGUGAUGGAUUUUUCAAGCCCGACAUGUUCCUUCAAGCUGGAAUGAUCGAUGAAGUUUCACGUGGUUUAGUUGCAACACCAAUGGAAACACUCGACCAAUUUAUCACCGGUGAAGUUACAAAUCAUUUGUUUGAAGACAGAAAAAUUCCAUUUUCCGGUGUUGAUUUAAUUGCUUUAAAUAUUCAAAGAGCACGUGAUCAUGGAAUUCCAUCUUAUAAUAAUUAUCGUAGUUUAUGUAACUUGAAGCGAGCUACAACUUGGGAUGAUUUAUCACGUGAAAUUCCACCUGAAGUUAUUAAUCGCUUUAAGAGAAUUUAUCCAACUGUUGAUGACAUUGAUUUGUUCCCAGGUGGAAUGUCUGAACGUCCAUUACAAGGUGGAUUAGUUGGCCCAACAUUUGCAUGCAUCAUUGCUAUCCAAUUCAGACAGUUGAGAAAAUGUGAUCGUUUCUGGUAUGAAAAUGAAAAUCCAACAGUUCGAUUUACUGAAGCACAAUUAACAGAAAUUAGAAAGACGACACUUGCGAAAAUUGUUUGCGAUAAUUUGGAUGUUCCUGGAGACAUGCAAAGAGCUGCUUUUGAUUUGCCAAGCAAUUUCUUAAAUCCACGAGUUCCAUGUCAUUCAAUGCCACACAUUGAUUUAAGUGCAUGGCGUGAAAAUGUUGUCCAAGGAUGCACAAUUGGAGGAAAACAUGUCAGCGUCGGUGAAUCAGCUUUUCCAAGUCCAUGCACAAGUUGCAUUUGUACAAACGAUGGACCACAAUGUGCUUCUCUAAGAAUCACUGACUGUGCUCAACUUGCUCGUGAAUGGCCACGUGAGGUCAUUUUAAGAGACGAUGUUUGUGCAACGCAAUGUGGUUUAGUGCUUCAAAGACAGUCAUCAAGAGAUACUGUUGGUUUACGACCGCCACCACGAGUAGCUCGCUCGAGACCAUCAGCUUCUUUCCAAGGUUUCAAAUUCCCUGAUCUUACACAAUUUGUCGUUGGUUAAUUAAGCUUUCUUAAUUCUCUUAAUCUAUUUUCGUAAUUAAUUCAAUAAUCUCAUUUAAAGUGUAAAUAAAAAGUGGCCAUAAAACUUCUUACAUUAAUUUUCGCAAGAUCUUCAAUGUAAGUCAUGAUAAAUCGUAAACCGAAACGACAAUUUUCUUUUUUGAUGACGAUGGUGAUAAAUUUGAUAGCAAACAUUUUAUAACACUUUUGAUUGAAAUCUUUUUCAUUUCUAUUCUGUUUUAAUUUUAUUCAUAAUUAUGUGAGACCAAGUUUAAUUAUUGUACAUAGAUUUUAAGGCUUUUCUUCGAUCCAAAAAACAAAACAAAAAAAAUUCAUUUAAUGAUUGAAACAUUUUUACAAAUUAAAGAUUUUGUUUUUGCUUUCUUUUUGAUAGUAAAUAGAAAUAAGUUUUUAGUUCAAAGAUUUGUAAUCGAUGUCUUGAAAAUAUUUCUUAUAAGAUUUUCUCAAGAAAUAAAUGAAAG